CAACAGCUAGAUCUCACUUCCCAAACCAAACCUUCUCUCUCUCUCUCUCUCUCUCUCUACACUUAACCUCUCUCUCUCUCUCUCUCUCUCUCUCUCUCUAGCUGCUGCCGUCUCUCUCCUUUGUAGAAAGAGCUUCGAUCUUCAAGUCCGAUCUUCUCAGAAACCCUAAUUUCGAGAAGGUUCAAAGUUCAUCAUAUAUAGUAAUUUGGACUGGAAGAGUAUAUCAGCAUGCCUUGGACGUCAUCUUCUAUCAAUUAUAGUGGGAAGUGUGUUCGAUUGGUGGUGUUCUUUCGUGUGAUACUGUAAUUUGUUCUUGUUAAUCCCUUUGAUUGUGAAGGCGUUCUGUUAUUUAGCUUGUUUCCUAUCUGAUAUUGGUUGGAGAAGUGAGAAUGCUCAUUGGUGUUACAAUAAAAAGAUAUCGAGCAGUGAAGCAAGUUGGGACGAUUAAAUUUAAAAUGAGUGUUGGGAUCAUUGCUUAUUACCAACGGAUGCAAAUUUGUCAGGCUGAAUAUUUCCGUCAGUUGCUUAAACCUGUUACGUAGUCUACCAUAGUAAAAACCUUGGGACAUCAGGACUCGCUGCCCUGUGGUUGUGUUCAUAUAUAAGAAGCAGUUACAACUGAUGAAGCAUUAGUUUGAUAAUUUUAAUUUGCAAUAUACACUUUGUUGUUGUAAUUUAAUGGAAGCACCUUAGGAGCUAGGUGUAUUCUAAGUCUUUUAUUUGCAUUAGAAACUUUCAUCCAACUGAAAUCUGAAAAAUUGUUGUCUCAAAAGCCGCAGAUUUAUCUUUCGGUGAACUAUUUAUUCAGCAGGACUACUCAUGCAAAGUGACCCACAAUUUUUCCCUCAAAAGCCAAUGGCCCCCCUUGCGAAUCAAGUGGGAGGUAAUUACAUCAAUGGUACUACCUUUGCAUCUGCCUUUGGGACAGUUUUACCUCCAGGUGUAGAACAUAGGCCACUAAAUGGUGUUGAAUUUCAACCCUCCGAGUUCUGCCCGAAGAAUUUUAUUAUCUUUGACCAGACUGAUAAUAGAAGUCAGAUCAUGUUCCACCCAGCAGUUGCCCCCAAAUUCUGUUAUCCUGGCUUAAAUAUCCAUGCGUCUUACAUCCAAGGUCUUGUUGAGAAGAAAGAUGCUCAUAAUGAGGAGAGAGAAGUCUCAUCUUCUCUGAAUGAAGAUUCUGAUGACAUUGAUGCAUUGUUGAGCUUUGAAGAGGAAGAACAGGAAGAAUCAGAUCAGGAAGAGGUCAGCACAGCUCGGACUCAUGGAAACUAUGGAAGUGAAUCCCCUGAUUCUUGCUCCAAUUAUGGUUCAAAACCCAGUAAGAGCAGGUUACCUUCUUUACAGAAGUCCUCUGGCAGUGGUAGUAGCUGUAAUAGGGAAAGGAAGCGCAAGAAAAUGAUGAAUAUGGUGAAGACACUGAGAGGAAUCAUACCUGGUGGUGGCAACCGGAUGAAUACUGUUGCCGUUAUUGAUGAAGCUGUUAGGUACCUCAAGUCUCUCAAGGUAGAAAUGAAGAAGCUGGGAGUCAAAAAUUUGAAGAACGAAGCUGGAUUCUCUGAUGCGGUUGGCUGAGAGUUUAUGAUCACUGGUGUUCUGUACGUGCGGUUCUUGGUCGAAAUUACCAUGAUGCCUUUGUUGCUGGGAGCUGCUGAAGGGCGACUUUAUACGACAACAUAUUUGUAACAGCAUGUUCUCUGUUAUGGGGGAUGUGGUUUGUAAUGUGCAUACUCUAUUCUAGUUGCUGGUGUUCUGUCUACUUUCUUUACUAGCUUUUUCCCACUACUACUUUAAAUGCUACAAUAAUAGUUGCUUUUAUUGCUUUCAUAUAUUUAUUUUUAUUAGCUGUCUUCCUCA